AUAGAUGGCGUGUUUUCAUACCUGAAAGAGUGCGCAUGCGCACGUUUUGUGUCGAACGGUGUGUUGAUUGAGGAAUUUUGACAAUAUUUUGGCUAGAAAGGACGCAAUUUCGGAUAAAUUAGUUGUGAUUGUUAACUUAUUAAUUAAUCAAUUAAUUGAAGGAGUUAAAAGGAUUAAAACUGAGAAGGAUUUCAAGAAAUGAGCUACUCCAUUUAGUCAAGGUGCUACGAGAAGUUUUGCCCUGUCAGGUGUGUAUAUGGCGAAGGUGUACACUUGGCCCUUUGCCAAAUUUCGUUAAAAGUAGUGUAAGCGUUUUUUUUUAUUUUACUUAAAAACGUAAGAGGGUUAUUGAGUUGACCUAAAGCUUUCGUCAAGUAUAGAAUAAAACUGCAAAUAUGUCAACCAAGUCUGUGGUAGAAAAAGGGGACGGCCACAGGUGUUGUAAACGCUCUUGAAACGUAUUCUCGUAUUCGCGAAAAUAAUAUGGCACGUUUAUUGUCUAAACUUGCCAAUAUAUUGACGGGUUGAUUUUAUUGAUGAUUUAUUAAUGUACAGGUGACGUGCUUCGGAAAAUGGCGUUCGUAAGAGGCGUCUCGAACAAUCACAGUCUAUCGAUGAGUUUUAUGGGGACGAAAGGCCUUCGAAACGCUCCCGGAGACAAUAAUUGCUUUUUGAAUAGCGCCGUCCAGGUUUUAUGGCAUACUGAUGCCUUUAGACGCUGCUUCAGACAACUAAGCGGUCAUGAAUGUCAUACUAAUUCCUGUAUAUUUUGUGCCUUAAAGGCCUUGUUUACUCAACUACAAUAUAGCGAUCGGAAUUGUCUACAGGCGGAUGUCCUCCGGAAAGCGCUUGCUAACGGCUUCGGGAAUCAAUUUGAUUUCGGGCAGCAACACGACGCCGUUGAAGUAUUCGAAAACAUUUUACAACGAUUGCAUGAACACGUAACGGGAGAUCGUGGGAGGAAUGAAGAUGAUUGCAAAGAGGGCCAUUGCAUUCCACACGCUAAAUUUUCCAUGAAAGUGUCCGUAGACGUGGUAUGUCGAAGGUGUGGCAAAAGGGAAGUGGGGCACUCAUUCCAACAAUUGAUUGCUUAUGUUCCUACGAACGCUCUUGUUAAGCAAUCGGCCACCGACAAAUUUGGUCUAAGCUUUAGAGAAGCUAUAAGUUACGGUGAUAGUCGUCAAUGCCCGGUACAAUGCGGCGGAACAGCUUAUUUACGGAGGAAGUUGCUGAAUUCACCGGACAUUGUUGGUGUCGGCUUCGUAUGGGAUACUGAUAGACCAGAACAACGCUAUAUAUCGGAAGUUUUACGUCGUUUAAGCGAGAGUAUUCAUCUUGCUCAUUUAUUUCAAGAAAUUGAUUCUCCAUUUAAUAAUAACCUUCGAUUAGUCGGUAUUGUCUGCUAUUACGGCAAACAUUACACAUCUUUUUGUUUGCAUACGAGCACAUCGAAGUGGGUUCACAUUGACGAUGCAAACGUUGUCGAAAUAGGCGAUAAUUUUGACGAAGUUCUCACAAAGUGCAUAAAAGAACAAUUUCAACCACUCCUACUCAUUUACGCAAAUCCCAACGCUUCACCGCUAGAUGUCUCCAAGGCUCCGUCCCUUACCACCGUUGUUAAUACGCCAUCUAAAAUUGAAAAAGCUAUGCCAAAACCUGAUAUAAAACCUAAACCGACCAUUAAAGGCCGCCACAUACGUCAACCGAGCUUUAUUGAGGCUGUAGAAAAGCGUAACGAACCCUUUGCCUUUAAGUCAAAUUGGGUUCGGGAAUUUUCGUCGGAAAAUGGAGACGAAGUAGAUAGUUAUAUAGCAAAGGCAAACGUUCAAAAAGUUUUAGAUGCAGUUGGAAUAGGCAGAAGAAAAAGCGAAUGUGAUAGUGCUGAUGAUAACAGCUCAACUUCUGGGUAUAGAACAGACUCUUCUAAUUGUAGUUCAAAUAGAUCGUCAAAUUCAUCAUCAACGACCAAUGAAGAAUCUAGACGGAAUCUUGUAGAGAAUGUCCGACAACACAUAGCAAAAAUGAAUUUACAAACGGCCCGGCACUCAUUAGCAUCGUCGACCGAUUCUCUUUUAUCUAAUGUUACUUUGAGCAACACGGAUGAAGUUAGCGACGCAUGCGCUCCCAUAGACGAAUUGUUGACAAAAUCGAAUGAUGCGGAAAAUCAUGGUGAUACGAGUAGGGCUCUUACAUUUUGCAAUGAAGCAUUGACAGAAUGUCAGAGAGUUUUGCAAAAGUUCGGACACCUUGAAAGACAAUAUUUAAUUCCUUUAGAAAAUAGACAAACAACUUGUAUAAUUAGGUCAAAUUCGUUAGGUAUAAAAUUGGAACAAAGGAGAAGUCCGUCCCCCAGCCAUGUUCGACAGAGUAGUUCAUCUAGUACUCUUACACCUCAUAGUAGGGGACCGAGCCUGUCGUCGCUAGAUGCUCUCGACGCUGCAGAAGAUGCACCAUCAUCUAACGUUUACGGUACAUUACCGAAACAAGGUGAAACCUAUAAAAAUUUCUUGAAUAAGCAGCGUUCGGAGACAUUGAUAGUUAAUAAUGGAUUUCCUGUGCCAAACGACACGAACUUGUUGGAUCAUUUUAGCGACGACACAAGCGAUACGACGUCUUUAAGCAGUAACGCCACCUGUCCGAGCGACGGUUGUACACCAACUAAGAUUAUACGAUCUCCACUUAAAUCUGCGUUAAGCAGGCGAAAACGCCAUCAUCACCAUCAUCAUAACCACCAUCACAAUAAAAAUGUGCGAUUUAGCGAAGAGGUAGUGUUAAUUGCUGCGAAAAACGGUGAUUUUAUGGAACAAGUCGAAUCACCGACGCAGCAAAUUGAUUAUAUGAACUACGUGCACAAAUUAGUGGCUCAUAGCCGUGAGAAGAGGCCUUGUACACCGUUUAGUACUGCUGUUCAAUGUGCAUUGUGUAAGAACGCUGAUGUUUCACCUAACAUUGACGUUAGAUCUUUCCUCAUUCCGCACGACAUGGUCGAUCGACUCGGUUUGCACGGCUUACCGACGCAAUUGGCGUCAAAACUGUAUUGUCUACAUUGUCCUACUGCUCCAACACCAUUGAACAGACCGCUAGACUUUCCUCAUCUGACCGCUUAUCCUUCUCCCUACGGCGGUUUACACGGCGCCGAACUUCAUGAUGACGCAUUCUCCAGAAGAAAACAAAGAAGGAAUAGAACAACCUUUACUUUACAACAGUUAGAAGAGUUAGAAAAAGCGUUCGCUCAAACUCAUUACCCGGACGUAUUUACUAGAGAAGAACUAGCGAUGAGGAUCAAUUUGACUGAAGCCCGAGUUCAGGUCUGGUUUCAAAACCGACGAGCCAAGUGGAGAAAAAGUGAGCGCUUCCAGACAACAACUAGUUCUACCACAGCAACAACUACUACCACCGCAACAUGUCCUAUUAACGAUGAUGACUCUUCCCCUCAACUUAUUCUUUCUCCGUGCUCCCCUGUUAAGGAAAUUGCUGAUGAGGAGGAAACUUCUGCAAAGGGGGAGGAGGGUGAAGAAGAAGAUGAUGAUGAAGAAAGACCCCGAGUUGAAGAAGAUGAUAACGUAAUAGACAAUACUAGCAUUGGACCGAAAAUAGAAAUUGAGCAGAGUGAGCAAGAAGAUGAGAAUGUUGAAGUGAAAAAUGAAGAAGCCUCUUCAACCGACGAGAAAAAAGAUGAAUUAUUAAGAGCAGAGUCAAAGACGGAAAAGGAACCUAGUCCCGAGAAUCGCGGCUUAAUUUCAACAGCAGUAGUCAAUAACAAUAAUAACAAUAACAACAACAACAGGGACGCCUUUCUUGCCUUGUCGGAAGCGGCUUGUAGAGCGGCAAUUAGGCAACCUUCUAGUUUCGGUUCGGCUUUGGAAUUGGCUGCUCUUCGCCAGCAGUCUACUGUGUACGAUUCUUUUGUUGCUUCUCGUUUAGGAUCGUUUGGACAUUUGGCCGUUAACCCUUUUAAAAGUAAGCUACUUAUUCCUUUGAUCCAACAGUUAAACGGUGAUCCUAAUCUCGUUUUACGUCCACUUUAUUUUUUCGCAGAUCUCUUUCCCCAUCCACCAUUUUGCCCCUGUUGUCCACCGAACUUGCGUCCUACUCUGGGUUUUAAUCAGCCAGCUUUUCCUCCUACUCUUCACCCUCAAAUGCACAAUUUCAUAAUGGCAGCUGCAGCGGCCAAUUCACCGGAUUCUAAAAGAAAAUUCGGAUCAUCAGAGCACACCGUAGAAUCUUUAAUUGGACAGCCUAAAAGUAAAAGUGGACAAUAA